AACAGAGAGAGAGAGAGAGGGAAAGUAGCAGCGAUCUACCAUUGAUUGUUGCAGAGGAUUUUUUGAACCGUGACGCAAAACUAUUAAUGGUCAAAACAAUGCGAAAAAUAUCCAAUCUUGUUUGGAUAUUUUAAUGACAUGUUUUUUUAAACCUAAUUAUGGAUCAAUUAAGAAAUACGAUUUUUUUUUUCCGUGUAAGAGAUAAUCCGAUAUCUUAAAUAUUUUUUUCAUCUAAUGAGAGAAUGCUACGCAAAAAAAAUCAAUUUCCUGCAGGUAAAUAAAUAUAGAGACAGGUUUCUGUGAUUUGAUGGCAAUCAUGUUUAUAUUGUAGAGAUGUUUAACGAAAAAUAACAACAGAAGAACGAAACCUAAAACAGAUGAAUAUAUUAUGAUUGAUUUCUCGAAGAUGUUUUGACUCAGUAGUUAGUGUAUUUCUAUAAUUUACUAUUGUAGUCAUUAAGGCAAUUUAUGAUAAUAUAUAAUAGACAAGAGGCCAGACCGGCCAGGUAAAUUUAAGAUGUUACAUGAAAAAUCAAAGCAGAAGACUAAUUAAUUAGUGCAAUUAAAAAGGAAACUAAAAAAAAAAAAUCCAAAUAUGAUUGCGAAUUAAGAUGUCAAAGAAAUAACCAGGUGUUGCUGACCGCAUUUUAAAGUGGUUGGAACUACCUCACCAUUAUUCUACUUUGAACCAAGUGUCAUCUAUUAAGACAGCACAUCUAGCCCUAUUAUCAAUUCUUUCUAUUGCAUUUCACACCUGAUGCUGUAAUUCCAUAACAACUAUGAUAUUGGACAUCUCAGUCUUCUCUUCAUCUUUAUUUUAAACAACACAUUCUAAAGAAGAAGAAAAAAAACCCCAGCAUCUUUUUGCUUAUUAAUUCGAAUAUGUACUGUUCUUUACGUUGGUUACUCAUGUCAUCCUAUACUUUGACCAUAAUUGUGUUACUAUCUUUGGUAACUAUGCCUCCAACAACGGCUUUGAAACAUAAGAAUCUUACAAUUGGUACGAUUUUCCCUAUGACUGGAGGCUGGGCCGGUGGUAAAGCCUGUCUUCCAGCAGUGAAGAUGGCUUUGGACGACAUUAAUAAAAGACAUGAUGUUCUUCCUGAUUAUAACUUAGAGAUGGACUACAAAGAUAGCCAGUGUAUGCCUGGUCUUGGAACUAAAGUUCUCUAUGAGUUGCUCUACAAUCCACCAACCAAAAUCCUUGUUUUAACUGGCUGUAGCAUUGUUUCAACAUUUGUAGCAGAAGCGGCCAAAAUGUGGAACCUUGUUGUUCUUGCUUAUGGUGCCAGUUCUCCAGCUUUGUCCAAUCGAGAUCGAUUUCCAACAUUUUUUCGGACUCAUCCUUCAGCUACGCUGCAUAAUCCAACACGAGUAAAGUUAUUCCAGCGCUAUAAAUGGAAACGAAUUGCUACCAUCCAAGUGUCUCUUGAAGUAUUUACUUCUACAAUCGACGAUUUAGAGAGAAAAGUCAAGGAAGCCAAUAUCGACAUUGCUGUACGUCAAAGUUUCUUGACUGAUCCAACGAAUGCCGUUAAAAAUUUAAAGAGGCAGGAUGCUCGUAUCAUCGUUGGAGUUUUUUAUGAAGAUAUGGCCAGAAGGGUCUUCUGUCAAGCUUACAAAGAAAAACUGUAUGGCAAGAAGUAUGUUUGGUUCAUCAUUGGUUGGUAUCCAGACAACUGGUAUAUGGCCGAAGACAAAUCUAUCAACUGCACGGUCGAUCAACUGAAGGAAGCUCUUGAAGGCCAUUUUACAACAGAAGCCAUGAUCUUGAACCAACAACCUACAAAGACUUUGGCAAAUAUGACAUCGCAAAGAUAUAAAGAACGUCUUGACUCCGAACUAAAUGUCACUGACACAAGCCAAGUCACCGGAUACCCAGAAUCUCCUCUUGCUUAUGAUGCAUUGUGGGCUGUGGCAUUAGCGCUAAACAAAACAGCAGCAAGAUUAGCAUUGAAAAAUCUCACAUUGGACGAAUUUGAUUACAAUAAAAAGCAUAUUACAGAUGAAAUUUAUUCAGCAAUGGAUUCAACAAGUUUUCUAGGAGUGUCGGGAAAUGUAGCUUUCUCUUCAGAAGGUGACCGAAUUGCUUUGACACAAAUUGAGCAAAUGAUAAAUGGAACUUACCAUUUAAUGGGAUAUUAUGAUUCUGUUACUGAUAACCUCACCUGGUUAGAUAAAGAACAAUGGCUAGGAGGGAAGCCACCACCAGAUCAUACAAGAUUUGUUAGAUUUCUCAGAGUUGUGCCUCAGGGUUUGUUCUUUAGUAUGUCUGUACUUGCAUUCUUUGGCAUUUUGGCUGGCAUAGUUUGUAUGUCUUUCAAUAUCAUGCACAAACACAGACGGUUAAUUAUCUAUUCCCAUGCCGGAGUCAAUAAUGUGAUGGUAGUUGGGUGCCAGAUGUGUUUAUUCUGCAUAUUCCUUAUUGGAAUGGAUGGUCAAUUUAUAUCAGAAGAUAUAUAUCCAGUAGUCUGUCAGAUUCGGGCUUGGUUACUAACUAUUGGUUUCACUCUUGGAUAUGGCUCAAUGUUUUCCAAGAUAUGGACUGUACACCGUUUGGCUACAACACGGAAAAAAGAAAGAAAGGUUGUCCGUAAGUGGGAGCUCCUGGCCGUCUUAGUUUGUCUGUUGGUUAUCGAUAUGGCCAUUUUGGUACCAUGGCAGCUACUGGACCCCCUCUAUCGGCAUUUAGAAAAGUUUCCACCAGAGGAACCAAAACACACAAGUGAAGAUAUCAUGUUGGAACCAUAUUUAGAGCAUUGCAGCUCAAAAAAUAUGAAAAUAUGGUUGGGUAUAAUGUUUAGUUAUAAAGGCGUUCUCCUUAUAUUUGGUUUAUUCCUGGCCUAUGAAACCCGUAGUGUGAAACUGAAGCAAGUUAACGAUUCACGAUUUGUUGGUAUGAGCAUCUACAAUGUUGUGGUUCUGUGUGUCAUCACGGCGCCAAUCACUUUGAUCAUAAACAGCCAGCAAGAUGCCACAUUUGCUUUCAUGUCUCUUGCUAUUGUCAUGUGUAGUUUCCUCUCAAUGGGACUUAUAUUCGGACCAAAGAUUGUGGACGUUUUAAAUAAUCCGCACCAAGAAGGAAUGGAAAUCCGAGCAUUGACAGAUUCUUUGGCAUGUCGUGAAGAAGAAGAACGCUAUCAACGUCUUUUGGCUGAAAAUGAAGAAAUAAAGAAGGCCAUUGCUCAGCAAUAUUUUGGUUCUUUAAAUUAA